UCAUAUGUCAAAAGAAAAAAAAGUCAGACUUGUGUCAUUGUCGCAGUAAAUUUUCACAUAAUAUUUUUCUUGAAUUCGACUCUUAGCCAGGAAGAAAAUUCUUCGAUAGAGAGAGAGAGAGAAAAAUGGCAUCUUUUUGGAAUCAUAGCAUUCGCCGUUUCAUCCAAACUACCGCAGCCCGUCGUUCAGCUGCCGAUCAUGGAAGCAGCCCAGAAAAAGUUGUUUUGUGGCGACGAUUGACAUUCUUCGUUGGAUUCCCAGCCAUCGCUUUGGGCAUGUUGAACGCAUACUUGGACCAUGUCGAGCACGCCGAACAACCUCGUCCAGAAUUUGUCCCAUAUGAACAUUUGCGUAUCCGCAGAAAGCAAUUCCCAUGGGGUGAUGGAAACCAUAGCUUGUUCCACAAUCCAGUUCACAAUGCAUUGCCCGAUGGAUACGAGGCUCCAGAUCCAAAUGAAGGAAAACCAAGACACCACCAUUAAACUCGUCGUAUAAACAAAACAAUUAUUAGAUUGAGUAAUAGAAUUUGUAAACAACUCGAGUGUUGCUUAACCUGAAUCAACGCUCAACCUCUGUUGUGAAAAUCAAAGUGGAAAAAUAAAGUAAUUCAAACAAAGAAAAAUAA